UCCUUCCAAAUUUUCUCUUCCAAAUUUUCCACCAGACAAACUGUGCUGUGUGUUUUUCUUUUUUGUUUGAAAUUUUGUGCCUUAACAGAACAGAUACAAUGGCAGGCCCUCAGUGCUGCUCUAAUCCACCAAUUCUCAGCCCAAGCUAUGGAGUAGACUGUGCUGAAAAACUUGGAGGCCUUAACGUCUACGCCGCUGGCUCCCCUAACUCCAAGCUUGCCAUUGUUCUCGUCUCUGAUGUUUUUGGAUAUCGAGCUCCGAAUUUGAGGAAGCUUGGCGAAAAAGUGGCAGCUGCAGGAUUCUUUGUGGUAGUUCCAAACUUCUUCUAUGAUGAUCCGUUUGUAUAUGACAAUAACAGACCUCUAGCAGUCUGGUUAGAAGAUCAUGGAACGGAUAAAGGAUUUGAAGAUGCAAAAUCAAUAAUUAAUGCUCUUAAAGAGAAAGGUUAUUCUGCAAUUGGAGCUGCAGGAUUCUGUUGGGGUGGCAAGGUCGUGACAGAGCUCGCGAAGUCUGAUUUCGUCCAAGCUGCUGUGCUACUACAUCCUUCAUUUGUUGCUUUGGAUGAUAUUGAGGGGGUUAAAGUUCCCAUGGCGGUUCUAGGAGCUGAGAUUGAUGAAUAUUCUCCACUGGAACUCUUGAAACAAUUUGAGGAGAUAUUAGCUGCUAAAACUGAGAUUGAUAGCUAUGUGAAGAUAUUUCCAAAAGCUGAGCAUAGUUGGACCGUGAGGUACAAUGUCGAAGAUGAAGAAGCAGUGAAGCGUGCAGAGGAGGCUCAUAACAACAUGAUUGAUUGGUUUUCUAAGCAUGUUAAGUGAUUACUUUCUGAGUUCCCAUGUAAAAUAGUUGAAUAAAACCAAGAACUUCAAUUCAACUUGAUAUUAUUAUUAGAAACACAGCAAUCAAACUGAAGUGACAGAAUAUAUGAACAUACUGAGCCCUAUGAGGGUGUUCAUUCUCACCGUCAUCUAGCCCUAGCUAGUUAUCUUAUCUUAGUAUUUUUCAGCCUUCUGUUUGCUCUUUCCUCUGUCAAAUUUUGCUAGCUAAACCUUUUGCUCUUGCUGGGAAAUAAAUUCCAAACCUGCAACAGAACUUUUACACAAUAUCUCUGUCAUCUGUAUGCUGGCCAAACUUGAGAGCUACCUUUCUAGGCUAUUUCAGCCUCCGGCACACUCCAAUCUCCUGUACCAACUCCAGCGAAUAUUGUUACGAUCUUGUUUUAGGCUAACUUUUCUCUUCUCCAACUAUCCCAUUAGCAUUUCAUUAUAGUGAUUGUCCAGUUUCUCUAUCAAAGACCACUGCUUGCCUCCACCACGCUAUUAUGUUCACUAAAAACCUGCUCCAGUUGAGCAUUAUCGACCUUCCAUGGCAGGUUACCAACAUGAUUCUAGAAAGCAGGUUCAAACGAACGAGGUGGGCGUUUUUUGCAUGUUCCUCUUGGAGCAGACCUAUUGACAGUCAAGAGCCUUCCAUUUGAAUCUUAUUCACAAAAUAAAAACACAAAACCUAGAAGCAACACAAUCCUUAAAACAUGCUAUAAAAUGCUUUUAUAAAAAAUAAAAAAAAGUUAUAAUAGUAUGGAAACAUUGAGUGCAAUACACUUGAAUAAUGCUCUCUUCAUAUGCGCCAGAAGUUGAAUAAGAGCCAGACAUUGUUUAGAAGCCAUGAGCACCAUGCUUUACUUUAUAAUAAAUUCCAGAAACCCA